AUGGAUCUACUUGAUAUUGAUAUGUUGCUUGGUGACAUUGGGGAAGAGGAGACAACGGGUGGAGGUCUUGAUGGCAUUAAGAAAUGGAAGUGCAGAUGGUGUGCUAAGCUCUACACAUAUGAUACAAAGUGGAAAAGUACAUAUAAUGGUAAGAAAAAUUUAGAAUCUUGUAUUCAAAGAAAGCUGAUAUUUAAAGGUAAUAAUGACAAAGAGGUUGCACGGUCAAGGUUAAACAUAGGUGACACAAGUACUCCUAGUUUGGCAACCUGGACAUAUAAUCAUGCCAGGGUUAGAGAAAUUGCAGCACAUAUGAUUCUAGGUCAUGAAUUUCCUUUUUCCGUUAUGGAAGGUGUUAUAUUUAAUGAGUUUUUUAAGGAGAUUUAUCCAUGGUACAAAAAGAUUACUAGGCAACAGGUUAAGUUUGACUGUGAUACUUUUUAUGAGGCUGAAAGAGUUAAGAUGAAAAGGUUUAUGGAUUUAAUUAAUAGGGUCAGUCUUACCACUGACUUAUGGUGGUCUGGUGAACAGAGGGUAGGUUAUAUGACUGCGACUGAUCAUUUUAUUGAUUUAAAAUGGAAGCUUCAUAAAAGAGUUUUAUCUUUUAAGAAUGUGCCACCACCACAUUCUGGGGAGGUUUUGUGGAGGGAUUUGAUAAAGGAUGGUCUUGAUAUGAUUAAGGUGACUGUUGAUAAGAUAAGAAAUGGUGUCAAAUACUUUCCGAAUUCUGAAAAAAGAUGCAAAGCAUUCAAAAAGUUUGUUGAUGAGUUACAACUUGAAGGCAGAAUGCAAGGAAAUGGUGCAUUUCUUAGUUUUUUGCCUGAGGCAAAUGAUUGGGAAGAUGUUCAUGAUAUUUUCAAGUUUUUGGAGGUUUUUGCUGAUGUGACAUCAAUUAUAAGUGGCACCUCUUACCCUACUCCUAAUUUGUUUUUGGCUAAGCUUUACAGGGUGAAGGUUCUACUUGAUAAACCUUCAUGUACCUCAUCUAAUCCUCAGCUGCAGGCGUUUGCUAAUGAAAUGAAGUUGAAAUAUGACAAGUAUUGGUCAGAAUCUAAUACAUUGAUAUCUAUUGGUGCAGUCCUUGAUCCAAGUGCCUAUGAUGAAUUCUAUUUGAUGCCUAUUAUGUUUGGUCUGCUUUAUACCUAUGGAACGAAUGAUGAGGUUACCCCUAUUGUAUCUGAAAGUCCAGAAGUAGGAUCUACUUCUAGAUUGGGAAGGAGGAAUUUUGAGAGGUUUUUAGAAACUGUUGUGGGUAAUAAUAAUUCAAAAUCUGAUCUUGAAUUAUAUCUUGAGGACCCUCCUUUGAAAGUUCCUCCUAAAGCUAAAUUUAAUGUUUUAACAUGGUGGAUGGGGAACCAAACCAAGUAUCCUGUUCUUAGUAAAUUAGUAAAUGAUAUCAUAACUGUUCCAGUUACAACCGUUUCUUUAGAAGCAACUUUUAGUGCUGGGAAAAGAGUUAUUAAUCCGAAACAAUCAUCUAUGAAAACUAAGACUAUUGAAAUGGUGCUUUGUGGAGGUGAUUGGGUGAAGGAGAAAUAUGGAAUUAAGAAGGGUUGCACUGCUUCAAUUCUUGAAGAACCACAAGAUGAACCUUUGACAUUUAACUUUGGUGAGGAUCCAGGUGUCUCUUCUUCUACAACUGCAACUUGA